AUGCCUCUGCGACAAACGCAGCUCGAGUUGGAGAGAGCGCGUGUCCGGGAUCUUUUGAGAUACUAUAGGCCGAAUCCGAGGCAAUAUCGUCCAGCGCACUAUGAAGAGUGCACUUCGGUCUGCGGUGAAGUGCCCGAGCCUCUCAACGGAUGCCAUCCGGUAGAGGGGGACCCGGCAGAGAGCAUUCCAGAUGAUUCACAGCUUCUCUCGCAUGACCCUACGCUGACUGCGUUUGCGCAGUUGGGGGCAUUCCGGUUGGACUGCCAGCGGAGUUUUAUCUCUCUCAUGGAUCACAACCACCAAUAUAUACUGGCAGAAGCAACAAGGAGCGUGUCUCUGAUGUCCCGCGAGGUGUGCAACGAAGGAGAUGGAGUGUAUCUGGGUGCAAGAGUCCUGGACUUAGUAUGGGGAGUGUGCCCCAACGCGAUCCAGGUCUUCACCGCGAAGGAUGACAACUGCAACAUUUCUACUUCCAAUGUCACUGCGAACCAAGACUGCUACGUUAUGAAUGAUAUGGCCACCAUAGACAAGUUCAAGGACCGUCCUUAUAUCGUCGGGUGGCCAUACAUGCGAUUUUAUGCCGAGGUUCCCAUCCAUAGUCCAACUGGCCAUGUAAUUGGUACCUACUGCGUUGUUGACAACAAGCCAAGGGAUGGUCUCGACCAGAAGGGCCUUGAUGCACUGAACGAGAUAUCCUCGGCGAUCAUGAAACAUCUUGCCCUCGUUCAGGCACAAUUUGAGCUUCAACGAGCAGGGGCAAUGGUUAAGGGUCUGGGCCGCUUCGUCGAGGGCAAGACACGCCUGCAAGGUGGCAACGGCAGUGGAAAGCGGUCAAGCAAUCUUGGGAGCAUCUCAACAGAACCGUCGAUAUCUCAAACGGGCACUUCUCGAACAAGUUCAACCGCAUCUGAGACCCGUAGCGAGGUCUCCAAUCAAUCGACAUCUAUAUCAACCGUCACGAGUCAGGGGCCAAAACGAACAAUUGAGGCUGCCGCAAGGGAUGGGCCAACAUUGGGGCCGUCUAUGGCCAGUGUCCUGCCUAAGACGAAACCAGUGUUACCGGGAGAGCGAGAGCUGCUUCUAAAUGACCCUAGCUCUCGCCAUGCGCUGACCGACUCUGCUGGAAAUACACAGCUGUUUCUCCGUGCUAGCCGGCUGGUUAGAGACGCUCUAGAUAUGGAUGGCGUGAUAUUCCUCGAUGCCUGCUUCCGCGACAUCGCCAUCGAUCCAGACAACCCAGUGCUUCUCCCACAAUCUCCUACAUCUUCUGGAUACCGAGGUAUACCUGACACGCCUGCAAACGAAAAAUCCGACUGGCUGGAUGCUACUGAAUGCUCCACUACACAGGUCACUGGGAACAAUUCGUUCCUGGGUCCCGAAGUGACAGCUCCUAAAGCGGAUCACAGCAGUCGCUCAGCAAGUGAAAUCUUAGCUUAUUCCGUCAAAAGCCCUUCGAAUAUCUGCGACCUUCUUUCUUCCGGCACACGGGCACCCCUUCCCCGGUCGACUCUUCGACUGUUGCUGCAGAAUUACCGACGGGGUCAUUCGUUUGUAUUCGACGAAGACGGAGCACUUGUGCAAGGUCACGAUGAAUUAUAUCAUCGCCACAUGGAGGACUAUGGGAAUGAUGAAUCUACAGAUGCUCAUCAUAUGGAGGAGGAAUGGAUUGGCCAACUUUUAACCCUCUGCCCUGGCGCUAGAUCCAUAGUCUUCCUCCCGUUAUGGGACCCGAAAAGGAAUCGAUGGUUUGCUGGCAGCCUAGCAUGGACCAAAGAUCCCACCAGAAUUAUAGAAUUAGCCGACAUUGCUUAUUUGGAAGCAUUUGGCAGCUGUAUCAUGUCCGAGAAGGCUCGACUUGAAGCUAUAAUUGCUGACCACGCAAAGUCGAACUUCAUUUCCUCUGUUAGCCAUGAACUCCGCUCUCCCCUUCAUGGCAUUCUCGCAAGUGCAGAGGCCCUACAAGAAUCGGCAACUACCUCUACACAAGAGGACAUGAUCCAGACCGUUAUGGGAUGUGGUGAGGUGCUGUUAGACACCGUGGACCAAAUUCUUGAUUACGCUAAGGAGAGCCAUUUGAAGACCGACCCCCUAUCGAAAGAGGAGAACAAGGAAUCGAUCUCCACUCUAACCACGCCUUUGGCUUUCGCCAAUCUUCUGGAAAACACCGUUGACGCUAUCGUUGCCGGGCACGACUAUCGGAGGUCAGACUUUAGCUCUCUGAGCAAUGAAGUCCACACUGGACGCACCAUGUCUACACUUGAGUCAUCAGCACGCCGCGUUAUGGUCAUCUUAAAUAUUGACUGGCAGACACCUGGGAUCUUGAAAUCGCAGCUUAGCAGCUGGAAACGGAUCAUUAUGAACCUUUGCGGCAACGCACUUAAGUAUACCUCGUCUGGGUUCGUCUAUAUCUCCCUUGGAACACAAACCGUCCUACCUGCCUCCAAGACGGAAUCGGCUCAAAGGCACAUCACACUUCAAAUCAGUGAUUCUGGGAAAGGGAUAUCGAAUGAUUAUUUGAAAUACGACCUUUUUACGCCAUUUUCUCAAGAAGAUCAGCUCGCUGGGGGCACAGGUCUUGGCCUAUCGAUCGUUCGACAGCUCGUCGCCAAUUUUAGCGGUGAUAUCGACGUGCAGAGCGAAGUAGGCUAUGGCACAACGGUCAAAGUAUCCGUACCAAUCAAUGAUGGCUCGCGUAUCUCGAGUGUAGAUUCCGAGAGAGUCAGCUCGAUUAUCACAGACACAAGAACGCGAUGCAAGGGCUUGAAACUAUGUAUAGUUGGCUUUGAGUACUACCCCGAUAUCGGGGAUGAACCAACUGGGAUUUUGAGUCCCUAUGCACGAUGCUUACUCGUCCUCAAAUCAUCACUCACCAAGAUUGCAACCAACUGGUUUGGGAUGGAGGUAGUCGCGGCUUCUACCUUGGAAGAAGCAAAAGGAGAUGUGGUAGUUGGGCUUCGGUCCAAAUGGAGUCUCUCAGAGAAGCAUAAAGGGGUAUUACCUUUGAUACUUGUCGAUGACACCGCAGAAGGGAAACGCUGUGAUGCUGAAGGAGUGUUCAGCCUUUCACAAAUUGUUGGCCCGCAAAAGCUAGCCAGAGUUCUGGCAUUAUGCUUAGAUUACAAGCCGACAGCUGCACACCCGUCAUCUGAAAAAGAAAGGCGAAGCCCGACACCUACACCGGCCUCGUCUAAACUGCGAGAAACACUUAAUGGCUUAAACAUACCCUUGGUUCCUAAGGAAACACCUGAAGUGGAGACCACUCAGCCAAAAGAUACGCUUCCACAGAGUGUGGAAUCGCCAGGUCCGAAUCACCAGGAGCGGGAAGUAUCGGCCAUAGACAAGAAUUUAAAGGAUAUGCAGCUCUCCGAACCUCCAAAACAGCGUCUUCCUGAAAGAUCUAAGGUCCUACUAGUUGAGGACAACAUUGUUAAUAUGAAGAUUCUGGUAAAUUAUAUGAAGAAGGCGAAACAAGACUACGAGGCCGCGGCAAAUGGGUUGGAAGCUCUACAGAUAUUCCAGGCUGAACCCCUGCGGUUUAAGGUCGUCUUUAUGGACAUUUCGAUGCCAGUAAUGGACGGUCUCGUCUCUUGUCAACGCAUGCGAGAACAUGAAGGCAAAAACUCCCUCGCUCGCACUCGGAUUGUUGCCCUGACAUGCUUCUCCUCUGCAGAGUAUCAAGAAGGCGCUGCACUAAGCGGGUUCGACAAAUUCCUCAUUAAACCGGUAUCGAUGAAAUUGCUCCAGCCUAUUCUAGAGCUGGAUGCAAACGACUUUAGUGGUGGCUAG